ACUCUUCUUUGCAUCUCAGAUGACUCUCUGCUCACUGGGUUGAUUGACAAUGGGGAGCCUACAGUUGACCCUCGUGCUCUUUGUCUUGCUCUCCUAUGUUCCACCAGUUAGAAGUGGGGUGAAUAUGUACAUAAAACGGAUUUACGACACAUGCUGGAAACUAAAAGGCAUUUGCAGGAAUACAUGUCAAAAAGAAGAAAUUUAUCACAUUUUCUGUGGCAUUCAGUCGUUGUGCUGCUUAGAGAAAAAGGAAAUGCCCGUUCUCUUCGUGAAGUAGCUGUCACACUUGGUUUUAGUAGAUCCACAUGUCGUUGCGGACCCAGAAAUCUCACCUCUGUCUUUCAGAUUGCUUGCACCAAUUUCCAUUCUCUAUGUUGUUAGUAAAUACUUUGGAUCCCGGCUAGUGUUCUCUACCCUACUCCCCUCUGGGGUAUUAUACUAAUGAUACAUGGUAACUGAAUUUGAAUUUCACCUCUGAUUAAUAGGUGUUUACUAAAUGGUCAUAUGUCUUUGCUUGUGACUGGGGCACAGCUCGAGGUUAAAGCACUUGCCUGUGUAUCCUUAGUCACGACGUGCUUGUUCAUAAUUUGAUGUAGAAAAUAGUAAAAAAAUAAAAGUCAUUUGGAAAACACCUAAAUCGAAGUAUUGAGUGAGUUGCAGUUUAUCAGACAUACUUAGCAGUUUGUUUUCUACUGCUUACAUCACUUAAAUGUGGCUGUUGUGCUGAGGUUGUAGCUCAGCUUGUAGAGGGCUUGCCUAGCAUGCAUGAAGUCUGGGGUUCAUUUCCAGCCGAUCACAGGCAUGCAUCACCACACUUGGCUUCUGGAUUUUCUAACCAUUGUGAAAAGUGAACAUUGAAAUUGUUUUACUAAUAUUGUGCUGCUGUCAACUUCUCUUUUCAGAUUUGCCAAUUUUUGCUUUGUAUACUUGAAUUUCUUAGAUGCAAGGAUCAUAUAUAUAUAUAUAUAUAUAUAUUUAUAUCUAUCUAUCUAUCUAUACUGUUAAAAUAAAAGAAUUAUU